ACCUAAAAAAAGUAGCAUUGAAGUAUCGCUCUAAUAGUUCGAUGUAAGUGGUUUGAAUGUAGCGAAUCUAAAAAAUCGCACUAUUUUAAUAUUGUCUGAAGUGCGUGUUUCUGGAAGAAGGCUCCUCAACAUAGUAAAUUAGAUGACGUUCUAUCAAAAUAGCAGAGGUAACAAAAUCGUCCGAUGAGCUGGCAACGCCGCAAUCCAGGUGGCAAGAAUGACAAGGUUAUCUGUCAAGACGGAUGUCUAUCCCGGGCUACCAACAGUUAUUUAGAACGUCAAAGCGGCAAUUUUCCAAUCUUCAUUUGCAUUUUUUUAAGUGUUGUGCAACGAUUUCGUCUAGAGUCUAGUACAAUAUAUUUCAACAGUUGUCUUCCAUGGCCAUGUUAUAAUUACACCUCAAAUAUAUAG